AUGAGGUCUAUCGAGAUGAAGUUAGAGGAGACAUUAAAAGAAGACAAAGGUACAGGUUGUCAGAUACCGAAGCUGGACCCAUUCGCCAAAGAGGUCACCCAGUUUGAUGUGGACAUGCCCAAAGUUGUAUGCAGCGGAGAAGACUGGGUGAAAUGCUAUUUGUCAGAAUGCAAAGUGGUUCCGCAUAUAUUGAAGACGAUCAACAACGUCGUUUGUACCUACAACGAUAUACUGUACGUGAAUGAUUUCAAGUUCACCAUUGGACCGCCGGUCAUGGUUCGGGGUAUUAACACUUACAUGCUCUCCAAGAGUGACCAUGUUAAGAUAUCUUGCAAAGGUUUACAUGAGAACAGUAUCCUACCAUCAAUAUGGCAUGGUUUUGGUGCCGGUUAUCGUAAUACUGUCAUUCCCAAGAAUCCACCGCCAGGCAGAGAGAACACAUUUAACAUACUGCUGUUCGGUUUUGACUCCACAUCCAGGAAUGGCUUUAUACGGAGGAUGCCGAAGAGCUAUAAGGUUCUUACUGAAGAGUUAGGAGCGACUGUCUUGCAUGGUUACAACGUAUUGGGCGACGGAACGCCAGCCGCGUUAUUUCCCAUAUUAACUGGCAAGACUGAAUUGGAGCUGCCUGAUGUUAGGAAGAAGGCCAAAAACAACGAUACUCUUGACUCUAUGCCGUUUAUUUUUUACAAACUAGCGGAUGAUGGUUACCGUACGGCGUACUACGAAGAUAUGCCCUCGGUGGGCACAUUUCAGUACCGGUUCAAAGGAUUCAAGCGACAGCCGUCUGACCAUUACUUAAGACCUUUUCUCAUGAAGGUCGAACAGUCAAUGAAGAGCUGGUUGUCUAAGCAACAGUACUGUAUUGGGGACACGCCCCAAUACCAACUUAUGUUUAAUCUUACUGAGCAGAUGUUCAAGCUAGACGGCAAGAAGUUUUGCAUUACAUUCGUAGCUGACAUCACCCACAAUGACUUCAACUACAUCACCACGGCUGAUGAAGACACCGUGGAGUUCCUGAGGAAUUUUCUAAAUACGGGGAGGGGAGAGGAUACCAUGCUGCUGGUGUUUGGUGAUCAUGGACCCAGAUAUGCCAAAGUGCGAGCCACGUUGCAAGGUAAGCUGGAAGAGCGGCUGCCACUGAUGGCCAUACGUCUGCCCGACGCGCUCCGGAGACGACAUCCACACGCUCAGGCCAUCCUGGAAGCGAACGUGGACGUGCUGACCACGGCGCAUGACAUACACGCAACUAUUCUAGACGCCAUGGAUCUGAGGAAAUACUGGAACCCCUACAGAAUCAAUGGCGCUGAUCUGACCAGAGGAUUGACCUUGUUAGAAGAAAUUCCCAAGAAUCGUUCUUGCAGCGAGGCAGGAAUCGAACCCCAUUGGUGUUCGUGUCUGUCGUGGGAGAAUGUAUCACCACAGGAGGUGAUAUACACAAAGACUGCAAACGCGCUCGUGGAUUAUAUUAAUUCACUUACAGAAUAUAUGAGAUCACAAUGUGCGAUUCGUACUCUAACCAGUAUAGAGUGGGUGAUGCGACAGCGUGUUAACAACGGUGUGUUGACGUUUGUUGAGGCCAAAGACGCUGAUGGUUACGAGGGGAGGUUUGGUGACAAGCUGAGACCUGCUAGAGAGAACUAUCAGGUCAAGGUAACAGUUGGCCCUGGUAGCGGCGUGUACGAGGCUUCGAUGACCUACGUUGUUAAAGAAGACAAAUUCUAUCUGAACUCCCGGGAUAUCUCCCGGACUAACGCAUAUAACGAAGAACCGAGCUGUAUCAGCGAGAAUCACCCGCACCUCAACAUGUACUGUUAUUGUAAGAAAAAAUUAUAGUAAAUUGUGAAUUUACAA